AUGUUACUCUCAGCCAUUUUCGGUACAACGACGGUGGCGCCACCGCGAUACUCCGACGGAAUCAGCGUUGGUGCUACCAAGAUGGUGGCUCCAGCUAGAUUGGUGUCGGGUUGUGGAAUGGUGAUAGAGUGCUCGUCGAGACCACAGAAGAAGGCUACGAAACAUCACAUGAAGACUCGUCCUCGUAAGUCUCAGGGUUGGGACAUCCGCCGUGGCCCAACCGUCUACCCUCCUCUUCCAACGUUGCCUCCGGACUGGACUCUUGUAACUGACGGCGCCACCGCCGCGACGUCUUCUUCUUCAGGAAGUGCUCCACCGCCUGCCGAAUCUGAGUAA